GCGAGCUACGGAAAAGGUGAAAAACUCGAGUUUACAAACCUGCGCUUAGCCAAAUUCAUUGUAUCAAUUUUUGGAUUUUUACUUCACAAUGGCAAAGGAAAGAAAAGAACGUAAAAGCUCUGGUGCUUCUGAAGAUGAGUAUGACUCGUACCUCCCUGCGUUGAUGCCAAUCGCCCAACCUUUGGCUCCUAAGAAGCUCAAUAAAAAAAUGAUGAAAACUGUGAAAAAGGCCUCCAAGCAAAAGCACAUCCUCCGUGGUGUCAAGGAGGUGGUCAAGGCUGUUCGUAAAGGUGAAAAGGGCUUGGUUAUUCUUGCUGGUGACAUUUCUCCCUUGGAUGUCAUCUCCCAUAUUCCUGUCUUAUGCGAAGACAACGAUGUCCCCUACGUCUAUACGGUUUCUAAGGAACUCUUGGGAGAUGCCUCCAACACCAAACGUCCCACCAGCUGUGUCAUGGUCGUUCCUGGUGGAAAGAAGAAAGAUUUGGCCAAGGCAGAAGAUUACAAGGAAAACUACGACGAAAUUCUAAAAGAGGUCCCCGCUUUGGGAGCUUAAAACAGAACGGAAAAUGAUUCCAUUAUUGUAAGACUCUUGCUGGAGAGAUUAGCUUAUUGAGUCAAAAUUGGGUUGGAUUUUAUUUUCUUAUUUUGCUUUUUCAUUGUGAAGGGCAGACAUCUGUCCUUGUUACUUUCAAAAAUAUCUUUAUCUGUUGGUUUCUGAAAAUUGAACCUUUUUCUAUCAUGAAUAAGGCUCCUCUUUUCGUCUUUCCCUAAGUUCCAAUUUUGCGUUCUCUCUUUCGUUUCCUUGCAUUUCCAUUCAUCUACUGCUUUCUUUUUUUGCGGAUAGUUUAGGAAUUUGAACAAUAAAAAUUUAGUUGACGAACAAGUUUUGUUGGAUGCUUGUUUCUACAGCCCCUUUUUGUGUGUUUUGAAAGAAACUUUCUUGUGAUGAAUCCUGCAGAAUGCAAGUAAACAGAUGAAGAAGAAUAAAAUAGUUUAUUUAUUCGAGUGAAAAGACUUGACUGACUGUUGAUUACCAUAUCGAGAUAUUUGUUCUCAAUCGUAUUCGUCAAUAUGAAACUUUUGAAUCAUCCAAAUACUCAUAUACUUUCUUUGUAACCAACAAACAAUCCAAAUGGGGCUGUUUAAUAUUGAACGAGCUGACAAUGUCACCCUUUGUAGAUUUUGCUUAUGUUUCCAAAUAUAGACAGUGCACUAAAAGUAAACUUCCAUAUUUACUAGCCAAACAACCCUCUUUUGUUCCAUAGUUCAAUAUUUUUAUUUAUAUCAGUUGAUUUCCUGCAACAAAUUCUUCUUUCUGGUUUCCU